CGGCCCCGCCGCCAGCACCGCCGCCGGCACCGCCCCGCCCCGCGCCGCUCCGCAGGACAUUAGGAGUUCGAGGAAAGCUUUCAAAGGGGAGUUUUCUGGGAAGGAAAUCAUAUUUUUGUGGGGGUUUUUUAUAAUGAAGAAAACCAUCUGAAUUGCCUGAUGUUUCUGUGGUAAAGUAACUUGCAUUCUUGCAGCACAGGAGGAAUUCUUUCCUGCAUUACAAAUUUGGAAGAAGCGUUAAAAAGUGAGAGUUGGAAAACGUUUCUCUGAAAGAGGUGUGGAUGUAUCAGGAUGUAGCUACUGUACAAAGGUCAUCCUUGGAUAAUUCUGGAUAGGAAAAAGCAUCCCUUUCCUGACCUCCUGAAGAGGCUGCAGUCCUUCGAGCCUCAGCAUAAUGAAUGGUUUCUAUCACGCGGCACUGCAGUUCCCUCCUCUGACUACUACGCUGCACAGAAGAGUUUGUAAGAGUUACAAAGAAAAGUAAUUCCUGCUAAAGGCAUUAAAGCAAACAAAAGAGGCUCUUCAUUCAUAGACCUUACAUGAGGACUAAAAUAGAAGGAAGCUGAAGCUUUUCUACACUGGGGCCUGGUGUGCUUACAUACCAUGAUAAAUCUUGGUUGGAAUGCUCAUUGAGCGUCGUGCCAGGAGCCAGGAAACACACCAACACCACCAAGGAGCAUCUGAGUAAACACCAUCAAGAGAAAACUGCUUCAUGGAGUAAACCAUAAGAGUGACUGGGCAGAAAGACAUCCCUUUACUGGAUAUCCUCAAGCACAAAAUUUACUCAUACCUUUAAAUACGAUUGUUGAAGAUCAGAACUGUAUAGAAAUCUCAUCAUUCCUGACCAUGAUUAGUGUUACCUGGAGCAUCUUCCUAGUUUGGACUAAAAUAGGGCUGUUACUUGACAUGGCACCUUAUUCUGUUAGUGCCAAAUCAUGCCCUUCAGUGUGUCGCUGUGAUGUGGGUUUCAUAUAUUGUAAUGAUCGCGAUUUGACGUCUAUUCCUACAGGAAUCCCAGAGGAUGCAACCACCCUCUUCCUUCAGAACAAUCAAAUAAAUAAUGCUGGGAUUCCUUCAGAACUGAAGAACUUGCUUAGGGUGGAAAGAAUAUAUUUAUACCGCAACAGCCUAGAUGAAUUCCCCACUAACCUCCCUAAGUUCAUUAAGGAACUGCAUUUGCAGGAGAACAAUAUAAGGACCAUUACUUAUGAUUCACUUUCAAAAAUUCCUUUUCUGGAAGAACUGCAUUUGGAUGAUAAUUCUGUUUCUGCCGUUAGCAUUGAGGAUGGAGCUUUCCGGGACAACAUCUAUCUCAGACUUCUUUUUCUCUCUCGAAAUCACCUUAGCACCAUUCCCUGGGGUUUGCCUAAAACCAUAGAAGAGCUACGCUUGGAUGAUAAUCGCAUUUCCACAAUUUCUGAGCUGUCCCUUCAAGACCUUACAAAUCUAAAACGCCUUGUUUUAGAUGGAAAUCUUCUAAAUAAUCAUGGAUUAGGAGACAAAGUUUUCAUUAAUCUAGUCAAUCUUACAGAAUUGUCAUUGGUCCGCAAUUCACUCACAGCUGCACCGGUGAAUUUGCCGGGAACAAACCUAAGAAAGCUUUAUCUCCAAGAAAACCACAUCAACCGUGUGCCACCCAAUGCUUUCUCUUACUUACGGCAAUUGUACCGACUAGAUAUGUCCAAUAACAAUCUCAGCAAUUUACCUCAGGGUGUCUUCGAUGACCUGGACAACAUCACUCAACUUUUUCUUCGCAACAACCCUUGGCACUGCGGGUGCAAAAUGAAAUGGGUACGUGACUGGUUACAGUCGCUGCCUUUAAAAGUGAACGUACGUGGACUGAUGUGUCAGGCACCAGAAAAAGUACGUGGGAUGGCUAUCAAAGACCUCAGCGCAGACCUGUUUGACUGUAAGGACGAUAGCGUGAUAAGCACCGUCCAAAUCACUACUGCAGUACCAAACACUUUAUACCCAGCCCAGGGACACUGGCCCAUUUCUGUGACCAAACAACCAGACAUCAAGACUCCCAAUCUAAAUAAAAACUACAGAACCACGGCGAGCCCGGUACGCAAAAUCAUUACAAUAUUUGUGAAAUCCGUAAGCACGGAGACUAUCCACAUCUCCUGGAAAGUUGCACUACCGAUGACUGCUUUGAGACUGAGCUGGCUCAAGAUGGGUCACAGCCCUGCCUUUGGAUCUAUAACUGAAACUAUAGUUACAGGCGACAGAAGCGACUAUUUGCUCACGGCUCUCGAACCGGAGUCACCGUACCGUGUGUGCAUGGUUCCCAUGGAAACCAGCAACAUCUAUCUCUCCGACGAAACACCCGAAUGCAUCGAGACCGAGACAGCGCCUCUGAAGAUGUACAACCCUACCACCACCCUCAACCGGGAGCAGGAGAAAGAACCUUACAAAAACUCCAGCUUGCCCUUGGCCGCCAUCAUCGGCGGUGUGGUGGCGCUGGUGGCCAUAGGGCUGCUGGCCCUGGUCUGCUGGUACGUGCACAGAAACGGGUCCCUGUUCUCCCGGAACUGCACCUACAGCAAGGGACGCCGGAGAAAAGACGACUAUGCCGAAGCGGGAACCAAGAAGGAUAACUCCAUCUUGGAAAUCAGGGAGACUUCUUUCCAGAUGAUACCAAUUACCGGUGACCAAGUGUCCAAGGAGGAAUUUGUAAUACACACCAUUUUCCCACCUAAUGGCAUGAAUCUGUACAAGAACAGCCACAGUGAAAGCAGUAGUAACAGGAGCUACAGAGACAGUGGUAUUCCAGAUUCAGAUCAUUCACACUCAUGAUACUGAGGGACGUGAAAGACUGGUUUGGGUUUUGUUGGGUUUUUUGGGUUUGUUUUGUUUUUUAAAGAAAACAAGAAAAGACUGGCUUAACAGUUGCUGUUCUACUGCAAAACACUGGAUUAAAAGACUGACAAAGCAAUGUACUGUACAUUUGCCAUAUAAUUUAUAUUUAAGAACUUUUUAUUAAAAGUUUCAAAUUUCAGGCUACUGCUGCGAUUAAUGUAGUGGGGAUACCUGACCACAAUUCUAUAUUUUAGUAUUUUUUAGUAAUUUGUACUGUAUUUUCCUUGCUAAUAUUGAAGUUACAGACCAUUUAACUUUUGUGUUCUACUGAGUAAGAUGACUUGUUGACUGUGAAAGUGAAUUUUCUUGCCGUGUUGAGCAGUCAGAACAUUCAUCUGAGAUCCUUGUAAGUGUAAGCACAGGUCAUUUUUCACUUUGGUAUCAAUAAAAUAAUGUUGAACCUGGCAAGUCAGGAAGAUCAAAAAUGGUUACAAAAAACUCACAGAACUUCCAGUGUUGGGUCUAUUAAAUCUGUAAACCACAACAAUAUUCAAUAAACAAAAAUGUGUGUAGUAAUGGGCAAUAUCAGCUGUCUAGAUAUAUCCAUUCAACAGUGGUGAAAUCCAAUUAAAAUGAGAAUAAGCAAAUUGAUGAUAUGCAUGGGACUGAAGCUUUUUACAAGUGUUAAAAAAAACCUGUAAUCCCUAGAGGAAAGAAUAAUCAAAUUCCAAACAAAUAAUUUUAAAAAAAUGGUAGGCUCUACAAACCAAGGGGGUAGAUACAGUUCAGGAAUAGUUUUUUGGUUAUCAGAAUCAGUGGUCUGUAUAUUACAGACAAAAUGGAUGCUCACUGGCAUUUGGGAGACAAGGGCAGGCAACACUUUGAAACUGCUUUGAAAAGAAAAAGGGCUGAAAGUGCAGUUUCACAAGAAAGGGGAGCAGGACAAAACCCAAGGCAAUAAAUGCAAGGUCUCAAAAACUGGUCCCAAAGGUGAGCAGACAAAUGGAGAAUGCAGCAAUUCUGAAGCAUAUACGAGUCUGUGUUCAGUAUAAUGCUGUUACAGUCAGGAAUACUGCCCAUUACUGUCACAGUUAUCCAGAAAUUCCUUGGUAAAUCUGUAAGGUAACAUGUUUCUUUCUGCCUUCCUGCUGAACUAUGAGCUAUUAUGUUUAAACCCCAAGCCACUCUUUGUUGCAAUAAUCAUUCUGUUUCUUCAACUAAAAACCAAAGUGCUUUGUACGCCCUUUGGCCAGUCUUGUGUGUGCCUUGAUCCAACACUACAUGUAUCAAGCUUUUAAAAACUAAGAAAAAAGGAAAUAAUAAAAUACCCACCUUUUCAUACAUAACUUAACUAUGAAAAAUACUGGUCUUAUUCAUGAAUGAAGUUGAAAAACUACUUCAGAACUAUGCUGCACCUCUGCAGUGCUCUGAUAAGAAACCCACUCGGAAGCUACUACUUCUCAGGUCAUGAGCUUCUGUGUUCAGGUUAACAGUAUUACCCUUGCAGGUUUUCUUCCUUAUUAAUCACUUGGAAAAAAAGUUUUCACAACAGUGAACAGUGUGAACAAUGAAAGCGAGGGAAGGCAUGGAGUUACAACUCUCUGAAGUACAGGGAUUUUUUUAAAGAAACAGCAAAUAAAAAUUUAAUAUUUCAGACAAUAUCUCAGACAAGAAGGAAUGUAUACCAAAUGCAGAUUAAUUCUAUGAGAAUUUUAGUGGUGCUUGGCCUGUAUGUUUCCUUAAGAGUAGUAAAGAAUGAGAGAGUGACCAACACUGAGACUAAUGGUUUCAGCAAUCAGCCUGCUAAUCAAUCUCCUACCAGGGAUCCACCUAACUGUGCAGACACGAAAUUUCCAGUAACACACUUUUUUCGUCCUCAUUUUCCAGAUGUGCCCAGGGAAGUUCCUCUCCAAACUCCCUGCACCAUGGAAUUGCUGGCACAUCACUUUCAAAAAUGUCCCCUGCAGUUCCUGAGCAGUGGAGGCACGCAGCACUGUGCUUCCUUACUGACCUUGUACAAACCAUGGAGCACUGAAUGGAUCCAUGGAAAGGGGAGUGCUCAGCUCAGUGAAAUGCACCAAACAAGACUAUUUUACUCUGUUGUCCCAUCAGUUGCCAAUCUAGGGAAGGGUAAGAAAGCCAAAACUGAGCAUGUGGAGGCUCAUUAUGUUGAUGUGCAAAAAGCUUCCCAGGCAAUGAGCAGGGAAGGCAAAUGACAGAGAGGGACUGGACAGACCUGUUCUUUGUCUGCACUCACACAGGGGCAUCCCUGAUACCUGAGCUCAUGAAAUGGCUGGGUCACUGGCAAGAGAGCCUAGUUCUUUGCCAGCAGUUCUCCAGUUACAAAAUUAAACAGGUUUUGUUGGAUUUUCAAGCUAUUUGAGAACCUCUGUCUCAGUUGGCUCCAAAUUGAUGUUGGGAAAAAAGUAAAAAAACACUGAAUGGGUACUUUGCCUUCUGAGGCACCUAAGCCAGAAGUGCCUGGUAAUGUAUGUACCAACUCCAGUGAUGCCACACAAAGUCAUAAGGGUAUAAAAAAGUUGGCACUUGAAGAGAUAAUUGUAUGACAGUCUUAAGUAAAAUGACUUUUUAUGUGACAUUUUUGCCUGUGAGGCAGUAGUGUACAAAUCCAAAGCAAAUUCAGUAAAUCAGCCCAGUUGUUCCUACUUCACCUUCCACCAGCAAGAGUGAAAACCUGGACAGGACUCUGUCUUCCUCAGGCAACCAGGUCAGGCUUGUAGGAGAGCUGGUGUCCUCUUAGCACAUGUGGAUGUCAAUGCAAAAAAUGGCACACUGGAGUGUACAAGACCUUCCUCGGGUUCUACAGGAACUCUUACUCCACACACAUAAUGUUCAAAUUAAUUUGACGAGUGAAAGAUUGCUUUCAAACCAAACUCUGUGUUUUUUUCCUUUGGUUGUUUAUACAAAGUUCUGUUCCUCUCCAUGUCAGGCCCAUCUCUUCAAGGCUGCUGCUCAUCCUGGUGCUGCAGGUGCUGCAUGCAGUGCUCCCCAGCACCACCAUAAAUCCCUUCAGUUAGACAGGUAUAUACGCAGGCAAAGCGGAUUCCUACAGUAGGCACUUUAUUCAGCACGUUGAUCAAAUGCCAUUAAACCACAUUAAAUUUAUCUCAAUUUCCGAAUUCCAUGUUAUUUCUGUGUACUAUCCAAUAUUCAAUUGUGGAGCAAGGGAUGGGAUUUUUUUCAGUGUUGCCUAAACCUGUGUGCAGAGUUCACUUGAUCAGUACUCCCCAUAUUCAAAUACUAUGCUAAGUACCUUUUACAUUCUUUAUUGUUGUCCCUUUUUAAAUUUAUAUUGCUAUCCUGAAUUGCCCACAGUUCUGUUUUAAUCUGAAAGCUGUCUCCAAAAACACCCUGGUACUUUCUCAUCUUGGCACCUUCCAGAACUAGGGCCAGGAGCUGGACUUAGUGAUCCUGAUGGGUCCUUUGAAUUCAGAAUAGUCUACGAUUCUGUGAGAAACUUGCUUCAUUUAUAAGCUGUUACUUCCUAGCUUUCUACCAGAGCCUGAUGUGCAGCAACUGUUGGGGUUUUUUGAUUUUUUUUUUUCUUCUGGCUUUAACAGUACCAAAUUCUAAGUAUUAUGUUCUUGGAACACAGUUUCCAUUUCUCCUGCUAAUGCACUAGUGAGCAUGCAAGCUAUCU